AUGCGAUGGCCGCUUUCGUCAACGUGUAUCGAUAUAGAGAGAGCGGGGAGCUGUAGAGCGCGGAGAGUUACCGCCGUCCUCCCGAUCAUAAGCCACGCUUCAGUCGGAGAUCUGGAGAGUAGGGAUAACGGCCAUCUCUCCUUCGAUGGAAUACCACCCAACAGCCGCAAUGUCUGCCCAUUCUCCGUCGUGCGUAUCCAUCCACAGCUCGUCGUCGCCAUUGACUGCCGCAACAUCGCAAAUACAAAUGUACCCAUCGCUGAUUGGGCUCUUAUCGGGUUUGAGUCGAAGAAUUGGAACGGCCUCAAUAUGCACGCGGCCUGUCGGCAAAGCCAGGUCAUUUGA